UCAGUUCCAUCUCCGCUGCGCUUUGCGCCACGGCGCCACCAUGAACCUUAAGAGUAAUCCGCCGGCGGCCUCCACCGGUACCCACCCCGUUGCGCCACCACUGAUAACGGACGGUGACGUUAUUUCCCUGGCCAAGCAUCACCAGCAAAACCCUGUCUCUUCUCAAGCCCCGGCAUUUCUUCUUGCCGAAUCUUCGCACGAAUUGCUUAUCUCAUUUCUCCAUCGACGCGCCGCCCAGUUUCCUGAUGCUUCUUCGGCUGUUUUCGAGUAUGUGUCUUCUCUUCUUUCCCUAAUCAACGGCCACGCUGCCUCUGGACACUCCUGUCUUAUUUCGGCUCUCCUUCAGUCCCAUCUCCGCCUCUUCACUUCCGGAGGAAUACCACAUGAUCAUAAUUCUCUAUCAACGCUCCAGCAAUUUGUGGGGCUUCUUGACAAUGUUGAAAUUACUGAAGUUCGUAAGGUAAUUGAUUUGAUUACUUCAUAUCUCCCUCAGAUAAACGAAGUGGAGGAUGCUCAUAUUUUGAUUCUCCUUCCGAAGUGUCUUGAUUUGGUUAGGAUCUCGAAUGAAAUUGAUAAAAGCGCUGAAUACGUGAACUCGGUUGUUGAUGCUUUGAUUAAUUGUGAGUGGAGUAAGGCUUUGUUGAUCAAAUUGGUGGAAAUUGUCCGGGAUAUUUCUUUGUGCAUUGAUAAAGUUAGGAAGAGGAGUUUUUUGAAUAAGUUUUUUCUGCAAAUGAGGGAUGAUGUGGAAGUACAGGAUUUGCCUGGUCUGGUCUAUCAGUUUUUGGUGUUGGCGACCAAAGGGUUUAGCAAGAAGGAGGUUAUUGAAGGGAUUUUGAUGUAUUUUGGGGGUACCAAUAAGGGUGGUUCAAUUAUGAAGCAAGUAGAGGGUACAGUUUUGCUUCAUGUGAAUUUUGGGGUCAAGCAGGAUCCCUCUUUGGGGCAGGAGGUUUUGAGUUUGGUGAAGUUAGAUUCAAGGGCUUUUAAUCAUUUUACUGUUGCAGUUUUGUUAUCCAUUGCAAGAAUUAGGAGGUUCAACGAGAGUGCAAUUGGUGUUUUGAAGACUGCAUUGCUUAAUUCUUAUAAGGAUUACAAGAGUGCAAAAACCUGCAGAUGGAUAUUUGAUGAAGUGAAGGUAGAAUAUCUGGAAAAUGCUAAAGUGAUAGAAAAGGCUAUUCUUAAGGCUGUGAAUGCUAAUCAUUAUGGAAGAGAGCACAUUAUUCCCAGUAUAGUGCAGUUAGGAUUUAGCCUGCUUGAAGGAGUAGAAGAGGGAAACCAGAAAGAGAUUUCGAGGUCUGAUGGCCUAUUGUGCACAGAAGAGCUAGGCACUCAGGUGCUGAAAUGUUUAUUUGAAGUACAUGAUAUGUCAAGAAACGAGAUAAUUGAGCAAUGCAAAUUCCGUAUCCUCUCUUUGAAGCCUGAAAAGUGCUUUGCUAUAACAAGAUUGCUUAGAUAUCUGAUCCAGGUUCAUCCUCAUCCGUUGUUGGACCUUGCACAUCAUUUGAAAGAAAUGCUGGAUUAUUUUGCUUUUAUGAAUGCUAAGGUUUCAUAUCAUCUUGUCAUGGUUCUACUCCCUCUCACCAAGUUUAGUCGUGAUCUUCAGGAUUACAUCAUAUUGGUUCUUCGAAAGUCUAUGUUUAAACAACAGAGUUCAGUUCGUCUUGCUGCUGUUAAUGUCAUUUUUGACCUGAUUUUGUCUGAAAAACAAUCAAAAAAAGAUGGACUUUUCUCUUUUCAAGAAUCAAGCAGCCAGGCCAGUUGUAGCCAGCAAGCUGAAGUGCCUCUCCCGAAUAGGGCAGACCUUUUCCAAGAGCUUUGUGGUUUACUGCAAAGAUGCCUUUAUCAGCAGGAAAAUAUCCGGGAAAAUCUGUAUCGUGGUUUAAUGAGACUUGUCCUGGUGGAUCCGCCAGCAGCCAACACAGUUUUCGAUUUUCUCCUAUCCCACUUUCAGCGAUUUUAUAAAGAGGAUUUAACCAAUCCAUUGGUUCUUGAUCAAUGCGUGAGACUAGAAAAUGGAAAGAUUUGUAUUGAAGAACCACUUGAUUGCCUCCUCUUUUGCAUCUCCUGGGUUCUUCUUGUUCAGCCACAAAAUAAAUCUGAUCAUCUUUCAGAUUCAUGGGCUUGUUUGGGAUUCUCCGCCAGUCAGGAAAAUGAGGCUGGGAGAACUCUUUCCAGAGAGUUCUUCUCAAAUGCUUUAGUGCAGAUCCGGGAGCACCUGAGGACUGUGAAUUUGGAAGGCCUUCUGGGUAAAAAUCAAGAUUCGGUUUCUAUAUCAAUGGAUGAAGAAAAAAAGAGGUGCUUUGCUACCCUGCUGUUGGGAAUAAUUGAAGUUGUUAUGAAUAUAACUGUUUCUGAAAUGGAGAAAGCUGGUGCCAUGUCAAAAUUGGAAUUGGAAAGGGAGCUUUCUAAUUUUAUUGAGAUUCAUGAGUUGGUGGAGAAAUAUGUCAAACAAGGCCAUGGAGCUAAAAAAGCAUAUGUGAGACCUAGUGUUAGUGAUGCUACUGAAAAACUCGUUUUAGGCGGUAACAAAUUGACUCAAGAACGAACUCCUCUUUUGGCAGCUUCAAGCAUCCAUAGGCUCUUGAAACACGCAUUAGAGUUAUGGAAACUUGAUCACACUAAAUGCAGUGCACCUUCCCAGAAAAACAGCCAACAUUCCUCAGGCAAGACACAAGCUCAGAACAUGAGAUUUCUCUCUUCUGUGCUAAAUAUGUGCUUUCGACAGCUACAAUUCUUCUUUGUUACUGAAAAUGAAGAUACAUUAAAGACAUUGAUUUAUGGGGACAUCAAGCUUCUUGGGCUUCCGCUGCUUAGAAUUGUUUAUUCUCUCAAGUCAUUGCUAAAGUCUGAGAUGGAUCUUAGCAAGAAAGAAGCAAAAGGAAAGAAAGAUGCUGAAGAUAGAAGGGAAAAUAUUCAUUUGGCCUUGCUUUGCCUGAAAAAGUUUAUUGAAAUAAGUUUGUCUGCCACAAAGUACAAGAGCUUGAUUGAUGAUUUGGCCUCAGCCCAAGGAAUAGAGGAUGAAUCAACUGUUGCUGCGAAUGCUGAUUGUGAUGAUGACGGCAAAUUAGCUGAAGGUAUCGAUGACCAGACCACAAGAUGCAAAGAAGUAUUAAUAAAAAGGAUCUUAAGGCCUCUCCUCAACGAGUUUCUUGAACUUUCUUUCUUCCGUGAAGCUGAGAUUCUUGGUGACAUAGUGCUGAUGAUUGGCAACAAGUUGCCUGAGGAAAGAAGGAAUCUUAUAGGCUCCUGGAUCGUACGAUUAUGCAAAAGAAUUCAUAUAUCAAAUUCAAAGGUUGCAAAAAUUUUGGUCUUUAUUGCUGCUACUUUAAGCACGCCUCCAGAAGAUUUGUUCAUCACCAAAAGUAUUGCUGCAGAACUUCUAAAAGUUGUAGGGUCUGAGAAUGCUAGCCCUGUAGAUACAUCUGAAAUCUUCCCCAUUAUAAACAAAUCAACAGAUGCUGCGAUAGCUUCUACAUUAUUGCAGUCACUCGAACCCAGCAUAGUUGAUAUGGACUGGAUCGUGGCAAGGCUAAAGACAUACUAUAUGGCGUCUCAAAAGGGUGUUUCUUUUGAUCAGAUCGACAAAGCAUCCCCUGAAUUACAAUUGGAAGAGAUAUUGUUUUCGAGAGCUGAAGCUGUUGUUAAGGUGCUAUCAGAUUUUAUUUCCAUGAAUUUAAAGGAUCCUCAAGCAGAAGUUCUGCUGAGGUUGGCCGCGAAAUUCUACAAGAAUCUAGCGCGAAUAUCAAAGCUGCAAAUUGCUCCUAAAGGAUGUCAGCAAAUUUUACCCAGCCUCAAGUACCAGAGGCUUGUGGAAAUUACUUGCAGGCAAUUAACAACGCCUAUUUACAACUUUGUUGCUCAGAUGCAGAAGAACCAGCAGGAAAGCAACAAGACUAGAGGAAUUGCCAGCAAAAUCAAGAGGGAAAACAGAUGCAUCCCUGACUUGAUAUUCCAGAUAGAAGACCACGAAAAGUAUCUUAUCCAAUUGAGCAAGAUCACCAGAGUCAAUCUGUUGAGACAUGCAAAACGCAGCACCUCCAGGGACUUCAAAAUACUAGAGUCAGUGAAUGAACAAAACCCGAGCCAUGAUGCAGAUCACAACAGCGCAAAUGCUACUGAGACUAACUCACCUGAAGGAUCUGCUAAUGAAAGAGAAGAAAGUAAUGAUGACCAUUUGUCCAUAGCUGAAGAGGAUACAGAGGAUGAGGAGGAAACUGCAGUUCCUCAAGCCAAGAGAGCAAGAACCAGUAGAGUUGUGCAGGACUCUGAUGAAGAAGAAGCAGCAGCUGCAGAAGCAUAGCAACAAAAGCCAUGUGAUCAGGCGGCACCGCACACAUCUCUGCGUCUCUCUCGACCUCGAGCGGGAGAUUUGAAUUUAGGAAGAAAAUAAUCGAUUUUUAUCCUUAAUUGAGAACGGGCUGGAAGAUUUUUGGCGAGAUAAUGAGUGAAGAAUCGAGAGUGAGUGGUGGCGGAGCCCUGAUUGUGCCGGUGGCAUCCUCCGACCAUCGGAAACCCUCCUCGAGAUCAAAU